AUGUUCAAGCAGACCUGCACCAAUCUGACCAAAUUACCGAAGCAACGAGUUCGACAAUGGUUAAGCACAUUCGAGACCAUCAUCUGUGAUGCAGAUGGUGUACUCUGGCACUUUGAUAAAGCGAUUGAAGGAGCACCGGACACUUUUAAUCUGUUGAAGUCAAGUGGAAGACGCACUUUUGUGGUAACUAACAACUCGGGCGUAACGAGCGACGUUCUGGUAAAGAAAGCCAAUGAUUUUGGUAUUGAGUUAAAUGACGGAUUCAUGCUAACAUCAUCGUUGUCGAUAGCCAAAUAUUUGGCUGGCAAAAAGUUUGCUAAAAAGGCGUAUGUCGUAGGAGAAGCAGGCAUUCGGGAGGAGUUGGCCAAAUUGGACAUUUGUUCGUUUAGCGUGAACUACGAGAAGACGGACAAGAGCAUGUUAAAAUAUGCCAAGGAAAUGCAACUGGAUCCAGAUGUGGGGGCAGUUAUUGUUGGCAAAGACGAUACCUUUACAGUACAGACCAUAAUGCGAGCUUGUGGGUAUCUGCUUAAUGAACGUGUACUUUUUUUGGGCACCUGCCUGGACGGAGCCUAUCCAAUAGGCAACAAUCGUGUUCUUGUCGGAGCGGGCGCCAUGAUAGCGGCCAUUAAAACGAUAAGUGGACGCAAACCUCUGAUACUGGGCAAACCCAAUCCCAUGAUGGUGAAAGAGGAAUGCAGUUGUGGCCUCAUUAACCCAGAGACAACACUUAUGAUAGGCGACACUCUAAAGACAGAUAUACUGUUUGCUCAUAACAGCGGAUUUCAGUCCAUGUUUGUGGGUACGGGUGUGGACAAACUGGAGAUGGUGGAGAAGAUACGUUGUAGUGACAACAAGAACAUGCUGGCCAUGAUACCGGAUACCUAUUUGCCCAGUCUGGCACAUUUGCAAGAAUUUAUUUGUUAGUUUAGCCUGAAUAAAUUGACAAUCCAAGUUAAGCUACCUGACA